GUUGUGUGUUUGUGUCUCUGUGUUCAUGCAGUAAAAUGGCAGAAGCCAGAGUUUCUCAGGAUGAGUUCAAGUGUGCAGUGUGUCUGGAUCUCCUGAAGGAUCCAGUGGCCAUUCCCUGUGGACACAGUUACUGUAAGAGCUGUAUUACAGGUUGCUGGGAUCAGGAGGAUCAGAUGAGAGUCUACAGCUGCCCUCAGUGCAGACAGACCUUCAGUCCAAGACCUGCUUUAGCUAGAAACACCAUGCUGGCUGAAGUGGUGGAGAAACUGAAGAAGACCAAACUCUCUGCUGACUGUGGCACUGGAGCUGGAGAUGUGCAGUGUGACGUCUGUACUGGAAGAAAAUACAAAGCUGUCAAGACCUGUCUGGUGUGUCUGAACUCUUACUGUCAGAAUCACCUCGAACAACAUGAGAGUUUCUUUAAAGGAAAGAGACAUAAUUUGACUGAAGCCACUGGACGAGUGCAGGAGAUUAUAUGCCAGAAACAUGAGAAGAUCCUUGAGGCUUUCUGUCGCACUGAUCAGAUAUGUAUAUGUAUGCUGUGUAUGAUGUAUGAUCAUAAAAACCACGAUAUUGUAUCAGCUGCAGCACAGAGGACAGAAAAACAGAAGCAGCUGAAGGAGACGCAGAAGACGCUCCAGCAGAGAAUCCAGCAGAGAGAGAAAGAUCUUCAGCAGCUGAGAGAGGCUUUGGAGUCUCAUAAGCGCUCUGCACAGACAGCAGUGGAGGACAGUGAGAGGAUCUUUACAGAGCUCAUCCGCUCCAUUGCGAGAAGCCGCUCUGAGCUGAUACGGCUGAUCAGAGAUCAGGAAAAGACUGCAGUGAGUCGAGCUGAAGGACGACUGGAGCGACUGGAGCAGGAGAUCAAUGAUCUGAGGAGGAGAGACACUGAGCUGGAGCAGCUUUCACACACACAGGAUCACAUCCAGUUCCUGCAGAGUUUCCAGUCUCUCUCAGCUCCUCCUGAAUCUACAGACGUGAAUGACAAUCUCUUCAGUUCUCUCGUCUCUUUUGAUGGUCUGAGAGAAUCUGUCCAUCAGCUGAGAGACAAACUGGAGGAUUUCUGCAAAGAGGAGCUCAAGAAGAUCUCAGACAGAGUCACAUUCACCAACAUUGUUCCCAGGACCAGGAACCACUUUCUACAAUAUUCCCAUCAGCUCACUCUGGAUCUGAACACAGUGAAUAAACAACUCCGUCUGUCUGAGAGCAACAGAAUGAUUACUUAUACUGAUGCAGAUCAGCUGUAUCCUGAUCAUCCAGACAGAUUUGAUUAUUAUUUUCAGGUGUUGUGUAGAGAGAGUGUGUGUGGACGCUGUUACUGGGAGAUUGAGUGGAGUGGGUUUGGUGUGUGUAUAUCAGUAUCAUAUAAGAGCAUCAGCAGGAAGGGACAAAGUAAUGAGUGUGUGUUUGGAUCUAAUGAUAAGUCCUGGAGUUUGUACUGCACUCCCUCCAGUUGCUCAUUUGGACACAAUAACAUAGAGACUCGUCUCCCUGUAGAGUCCAUCAUCAGUAGAAUAGGAGUGUUUGUGGAUCACGGUGCAGGAACUCUGUCCUUCUACAGCGUCUCUGACACAAUGAGCCUCAUCCACACAGUCCAGACCACAUUCACUCAGCCGCUCUAUCCUGGGUUUUAUGCUGCAUAUGGAUCAUCAGUGAAACUGUGGUAAUUAAUCAGAAUAGAUUGAUGGGAGAUUCUACCCAUAAUGCUUUGAGCUGCAUGAUGAAUCAGUUGAUGUUAUAUCUCUUCUUUUCUCUUCAUGACAUUAAUACUGCAGCUGAACUUCUGUGAGUGAAAUAGGGGUGUCCCCGAAUAGUCGACGAUUUGAUGCUUCGAUUCGAGGAGCCUGAUUCGACUCACAGUCGAAUAUUCGCGGGGUGUUAUGAUAAUACCAUUUUGGCUACAUGGGGGUGCUCAGUGUCUGAUUUCACAUCGAACUACCGGUUUUCUCCCAAUAAGUUAAUAUACAGCCUAUUAUGAUAAUGCUGUAAAUAAGAAUCUUAAAAGAAAAAAGCUUUAAAUAAAUAUCUUAACCUGCCUGAAUAAAUCCAGCUUCCCCUAUAGAUUAAAGUUUCACUUUCUAAUCCGUGACGGACAGAGGAGCAUUCUUGGCGACAGGGAUUUAAAUCUUUAACAAGACUCAAAGUGACACAGGCAGAGUGGAAGACUUCUUCUUUUUUUUUUUUUUUUUUUUCUCGAUCAGGUAGGGUACAACAAGUGAUUUCAAAACGUUUCAGUCGGUUUAUUUAUAUCGUGUAUAUAUUAUUGAUCUCGUAUAAAAUGCAUUUGGUUGAGUUACGCUGUGGUAAAGCGCUUCAUUCGCACAUAGAAACUUUUUCACCUAGAUAUCACUCUAUAGAGACUGUGUCUGUUCCCCGAACUAGAAAAUACAGAAAACAUCCAAACCAAAGUAAUAGUAACAAUUUAAUUGAUGUUCAACAAAUAAAAAAACGAUAUAAUACAGAUAAACACAUGAUAAAGCUUGGCUUAUUAAAUAUUAGAUCCCUUUCUUCAAAAGCACUUUUUGUAAAUGAUAUGUUCACUGACCAUAAACUAGAUGUGCUUUGUCUGACAGAAACCUGGCUAAAACCAGAUGAUUACAUUACUUUAAACGAGUCUACACCCCAAGAUUACUGUUACAAACAUGAACCGCGUCCAAAAGGUAAAGGGGGAGGUGUUGCUACAAUUUAUAGCAAUAUUUUCAGUAUC